UCCCCGCCCCCCCCCGGGGGGGGGUGAUAGAGGUGGGGAGGGAGGGAGCCCGGGCCGGGCCCCGCCGGGGGCGGAGGCUACCUGGCUAUAAAGCCGGGAGAGCGCGCGGGCCGGCGCCGGCCAGGCAGGCAGAGCAGCGCACCGUGGCGCGCACGCCCCCCGCCUCUGCGCUUGGAGAUCCCCAGCGCAGACCAAGCCCCCCGGCGGCCCUGAGGUCUCGGGGUGCGGGGGGUGGGCUUGCCCAGAGCCGCCCCCCGGGGGAUGCUGGGCGCCGCCCCCCCCGUGAAGAUGGAGGCGCACGAACUGAGCGAGUGGAGCUAUUUUCCAGAGGCUUCAGAGGUCUACCCACCGGUGACCCCGAUGAGCACGAUGACCCCACUCAACUCCUACAUGACCCUGAGUCCCCUGAGCCCCCCCUACCCACCUCCCGGUCUCCCCGCCUCCCCCCUUCCCGCCGGCCCCCUGGCCCCAGCAGCCCCCCCGGCGCCUCUGGGACCCCCGUUCCCAGGGCUGGGACCCGGCGGGGGCAGCGGAGGGGGCCCCGGGUACGCGGGCCCAGGACCUGUGCUGGGUCGGCCGAAGGAGGCCCCGAAAGGCGGCUACCGCCGUCCUCUGGCCCACGCCAAGCCCCCCUACUCCUACAUCUCCCUCAUCACCAUGGCCAUCCAGCAGGCCCCCGGCAAGAUGCUGACCCUGAAUGAGAUUUACCAGUGGAUCAUGGACUUGUUCCCGUACUACCGAGAGAACCAGCAGCGAUGGCAGAACUCCAUCCGCCACUCGCUCUCCUUCAACGAUUGCUUUGUCAAGGUGGCCCGGUCCCCGGACGGCGGGCAAAAAUACUGGCCCUACCGGGCUCCGAAAAGGGGCCAUCGGCGGCCCUUUGGGGCCCUGUGGGCCUCGCGGCUCGGCGGCGCCCUCUGGGUGGGCAUCCCCGGGGGUGGCACGGUGGCCUCGUCCUCCCUUCUUCCUGCCGCUGUCUUAGCCGGGGCCUUGGUCCCCAUUGGUCAUCACCUUGGCUGCCAUUUUCCCUGUUACACUAGUCGAAGUCGGGAUUGGCUGGAGGCCUGCAUCCCAGCUGCCUCUUUUCUCCUGCGUCAGGACGGGGAGGAGCCCGGCGUUCGGGCCCCUCUCCCCGGCGGUGGCCACAGGGGAGCGGGCAGACUCACGGGUGCCUUUUGUCAGCGGAGCUCAUCCCCCUCCAAUCUCCCCGAGCCCCGAAUGUUUGCGGGGAGCAGACGGGACAAAAUGGGGACUGCUUCCUCUUCCGUGCCUGGCUCCCAGUCUGUCCCUGCGUCCUCCGGAGCCCGCCCGGGGAAUUCCUCCGGCUUCCUGGAAAAAACAACUGGGAGCAGCAGCAGCAGCAGACAGGGGCUCAGUCUCUCCCUGGGCUCCCUCCCCCCUCCGCGGACCUCGGGGUCUCUCCCGGAGCGAGCAGGCCGGGGGCCAGGCGGGGCCGGGGCUGAGGCCGGAGGCUGCGGUUUAGCCGCUCCCCAGAGGCCCCCGGAUCUGGCCCCCACCCCGGCCAACAGCCCAAAUAUUAUUCCACGCGAGCAGCGAGGGAGCCGCCACUGCCGCCUCCAGCUGAAAAGACUCUUUUUCAUCCCCGUCCUCUGGGGGGGGAGGGGGAGGGGGAGGAAGGAGCCGGGGCUGGAAGUGGGGGCCCAACCCAGCCCUGGCCCGGAGACCCCCCUCCCCCCGCCCGGGGGCGUCACUGGGGUCUCCAAGCCCCCCCAGCCCCUCCGCGGGGGCCGCGGCCACAGGAGCGGGAGCGGGGUCUCCGCGCCCAGGGGAGGCGGCUGGCCCGGGCUGGCCCGGCGUGCCAUCCCCCACCCGCCCGAGGCCCACGCCCAGAGCGGAAAAGUACGCUGGCCAGGGACUCAGGGGGACACCGGGACACACGGAUGCAUGGCCACACAGGCCCGGGACACUUCAGGUGUCCGGCCAGGCUGGCAGCCAAGGGGGCACAAGGCCCCGGGCCCUGGCUCCUCGAGCCUGGGAGAUCCCGUUGGAGAGCAGAAGGGACCCUAG